UUUCAGGCACUGAACUAUAAAGUAACUGUUUUAAUUCUUGUAGCUUUAGGGCCUACAAAUUGGGACAAUAGUUUGACAAAUGUAGCUUGUAGGGGGCCGUUAGGAUUUGUUGGGGGUAACCAGGCAGUCGGAAAUGCUCAAUAGCCUUGAGCACCUGGCCUACUCUAGCUGGCUAUGAUCGCAUUGUCAGCGAUGUAGUCUUCGACCUGCGAGUCCAUAGUCAUAAGGUAAAAACCUUAAGAAACAAACCGAAUACAGUACAUUAUUUUAAUUCGUAUUUGCACCACGGCAGGUUGCUGAAUAUCGCCGAUGCCACGAUCGUCCACUGUCCGGAGUUGAAGCAGAGAUUUACGAUGGAGAAGAACAUCACUGUGAUAUGCGUCUUUGCAUUUUGUACUCUAAUUGUAUUGUUUUGCAUAGCUUUUCAAUGUCUUCCAAAGUGGAUCAAUAGAGAAAGAAAUGAAAUUAAAAAAGAUGUCUCUAACAAUGAAGUGCAAUAUGGAUCAACAUCAUACCAACAAUCACUCACAGAAUUUACAAUAGGAAGAGGAAUUACAAUGAUUAUACGACAAGGUGACAUCACCGAUGAAGAUUCCGAUGUCAUUGUCAAUGCUGCUAAUGGUAGACUUCAGCAUGGAGGAGGUGUUGCAAGGGCUAUUGCUCUGAAGGCUGGUGAGGAAAUCAAUGUGGAAGGACAACAAUUACUCGAAGAUCGAAGAGGGGGUGAAUUGAAAGUAUCAGAGGUGCUGCACACUAGUGGCUACAAGCUAAAAGCAAAAUAUGUAGUACAUGCUGUCGGACCAAUGCGUGAACGUGAAGAGGACAAAAAUGCAUUUUCGCACCUGCUGAAGAAGACAUUCCAUAAUUGUCUAGAAUAUGCAGACGCGAGACUUAAAGCUACAUCGAUUGCAAUUCCAUUGAUAAGCUCUGGGAUAUAUGGCGGAAGCAAGGAUGAAUGCGCAGACGCGUUGCUGUGUGCUGUAAAAGAGUUUUCACAGAAUGACAGUUUUAAGACGGUGAAUGAAAUUCGACUCGUAAAUAUUGAUGCAGAAGCUACUUAUGCAAUUAUUGAAAGUUUUAACAGAAUAACAUAGUAGCAUUUGCGUCUAGUGUUACUUAACUCGAUACAGUACUUUGUGUUAAACUUAGAAACCCCUGAAAUGAUUUUAAAGGCCUAAGCCAAGGGGUGGAUCCAGAAUUUUUCAAACGG